CCUGUAUUGAAAGCACCGCUGUUCAUCAUGGCUCUUACACUUUUUUCAUCGGCUUAUGAGUACCUUGAGCAUUCCUUACAGCAAGCUACUAUAUCCAUUCUCAAGCAAGGUCCAAUACCACGACAUGUGGGUUUCGUCCUUGAUGGCAACCGACGAUUUGCUCGCGCGCACGGUGCAACUAGUACUCGUUUUGGCCAUUAUGAAGGAUUCCGCCAACUUGAAAAGGUGCUAGAGACUUGCAUGCAGUUGGGAGUGGAAGCAGUGACAGUAUAUGCUUUCAGUAUUGAGAAUUUUAAACGCUCAAAAGAAGAAGUGGAUUAUCUGAUGCAGCUAUUUCGUGAAGCAUUUUCAGAACUUUGUGAGAAAAACGACGUUGUCAAGGAAUAUGGUAUUGCGGUUCGAUUUCUUGGCAACAUUAGUUUGUUACCUCCGGAUGUUGCUGAAAUAGCGUUAAGGACAGAGGAACGAACGAGGCAUAAUACCAAGCGAAUAUUCAACAUAUGCUGCCCAUAUACCUCCCGUGAUGAAAUAUCCACCGCCAUGCGAAAUAGCGUCAAGAAAGUUGAGCAAGGUCAUAUGAGGAUAAGGGACAUCAACGAACAUGUGAUAGAACAAAACUUAUUCACUGCCAAAUCACCACCACUCGAUAUACUCGUUCGCACUUCAGGAGAAAUCCGAUUAAGUGAUUUCUUGUUAUGGCAGAGUAGCAAGGACUGCCACAUUCAAUUUGUCAAAUGCUACUGGCCACAAUUUUCUUUAUGGCGGUUUCUUCCAGUAUUGCUUGAGUAUCAGAUGAAUUAUCGUGACAUGAUGGUGAGUAUAUGUUUGGAUUACGAACCUUUGUGGACAAGCUCAACCUGACAUAUCGUAUAGGCCAAUAGAUCGGAAGACCACAUUCCUACACCACGCCGUCGACGUAGUGGAUCAGACUCAUCCUCAUCAUCGGAUACUUUGGUUGGUGACGACGAUAUAAACCUGUUAGAGUCACUAGCAAUAGAAGAAAGCAGACAAUGUUCUUAAGCGCAGCAUAAGAGCACAGUCAACUAUCUAUUUUCAGAAAUUAUGGAAACCCUUUUGUAAUUUUCAUUAUACCAAGUCGUUAUGUACAUGACCAUGUACAAGCGUACACAAAUACAUUCA